AUGGCGAGCAGUACCACGGCCAAGCCGCCCGGCUCGCCGGCGUCCACUCGUGGCUCACCGUUCAGUCGAAGAACUCGACGCGACUCUGUCAACUCCAUUUCCGCCAGCUCCCUGAUAGACAAGGAGCAGAUGUCAAGCACCCUCGACAAAAUACACAACUCGGCAAGCCAGUCCGGGGCUCUCACGACCUUCAACGACUUUGCACCCCCGCCCCGAGCCUCGCCUGCCGCCGAGGGCAAAGCGUCAACCGGUGAUCUUGUCCACCACGGUCUCAGUGGCCUUUACACCAGGUUUCGAGAGGCUGUAGGUGCAGUGAGCCCGACGAAAGCGACGAGUCGAGAUGACGACACCACGAUAGAAACAGCUUCGAAACGGACAUCGCUCUCAGGCAGCCACAUCUCCAAAAACUCGGUCUCGUCCCUCAACCGCAGCGACGGUGCCAUCACUACCGUGCCAGAAUCAUUGCAAACUGUCCCAUCAAAAGACCUAUCUUCUAGGAGCGCCAGCAUCUCCGAGGAGAGCCGCGGUCUUCAACAACCGCCAUCGUCUAGAGGCAGCGUGCCUCUUAUCACUGGCUCAAAGCCAUCUUCGUCAUCUGGGCGCCCACUUCUUGGAAGCAAGCCAAAAAGCUCUUCUACCAUCGACCCCGUUACGGCCUCUGCUCCAAACCCCCCAAACCCUCAAAGAGAUGCCAGCAGGAGCACGAUCCGAACAGAUGGCAGCGGUGGACAGGAAUCACGUCGAAGUCUUGGCCGAAGCGAUACGCACCACAGCCUUCCGAUAUUAGACAUAGCUACGUUUGACGCUACCGACGGUAGAUUACUUCCUAUCUCGAACACGGACGACGCAUCUAGCUACGAUGGAAGUAUGGACGCACCAACCAUGUCGCCUCAUUUACAAAUGACGUCCGCUCCUGCAAAUCAUACACGAAGCCCCUCUGCAAGCUCCUCCAUGUUAAGCCCGGAUCACUUGAGACGGAAGCCUGCCGUGAUUGACCGAAUAAGUCGCUCUAGAUCAACGGUGUAUUCUGUCUCUCGCGAUUCUUCACUCGACCGGGGUGGAGCCCCGCACAGCCCAGUCGAAAUGGCCGCUUCUGAGGUGAACUCUCACGAGGCGCUCUCCCGUCAUGGCGGGCAUGCACGUUUCAUUUCUGGAGAUGCACGCGAUCCCAGCUCAACAACUUCCCAUGAAGGUGCUUCUGACCAUAUGAGUGCCCAACUGGAUAGGAUGGGGCGGCGGCAGGUGCUGGGCAAAGAGUUCUGGAUGAAGGACGACACAGUCAAAGAGUGUUACCUCUGCCAGGCGCCAUUCUCUGCAUUCCGGAGAAAACAUCACUGCAGAGCUUGUGGCUGCAUUUUUGAUUCAAAGUGUACAAAACUAGUGGCGGGCGACAAACUUGGCGUGCAGGGCACUCUGCGUGUUUGCAAGCGUUGUUUGGAGGCAAUCAAUCGCCGCCAGGAAGGCAGUGCAUCAGAUGAUUCCGGCGACGAGCAGUCAUUUAUGCCCAGAAUCUUCGGUCCAAGUCAAAAGCCCGGCCAAGGCUCACCAUCACAGCCAAAGCGCGACGGGGAUCCUGUAACAGCUGCACCGGAAUCCUCGAACGGACAACGUCCCAUUGUCACUCCUAUGAUGGCAAUUCCUGCCACCCGUCGGGUAAAUGAAUCGAACCGCAACUCUGCUGUGCUGGAGAUUGGAUUACCACAACUUAGCCGGCCUGGAUCGUCCCGGUCUCUGAAGUCUCUCACAAAUGCACGACCGCAAUCAUCAGCCGGGCACAAACGGCAUCACUCGAAACAUGGCUUUCUCGGGCGCCUUAAAGGUGCCGCGGAGGAACGCGCUCCAUUUAGAAGGGGUGUCGAUGACGAUACGUCCAAAAGGUCCAAAUUUCCCGCUUUUCACGACGAUAAUAUUAUCGACCCCGAGCUUGCCGAUUUCAUGUCAGACGACUCUAGCGGAGACGAGCAAGUCAGCAUUUUUGCAACCAUGAACUCAGCCGACAUGCACACUGCAGGAUUCGAACAAGAAAAGUCAAAUUUGUCGCCCUUCAUGAAUGCGGGGAGAAAACAUCGACAUCGACCCGGAGAGAAGAGCAUUAGUGGCAUGAGCCACUACAGCCGCGGGGCUGCGGAUGAUACGAGCGCGCCAACAAGUGUGCUGAAUCACCGACGAAGCAAUAGAAGACGUAAUAUGAGUAACGUCAGUGGAGCUGCACAUCACUUGGCAUCUCCAAGGCCAAAGUCGUCUAUAUACAAAAUUCCAACGGGCUCGACAGAAGCUCUUGUUCCAACGGACAACGGCGAUCACCUGCACAUGAGAUCUUCCCGCAGAGAUUCUGUACCAUUCAACAUACCGUCAAACACAGACCUGAACAGUUCGAGUUUGAAGCAUAUCGACAAGCUGCUGCAUCAACUUCUAGAAGAUGCUGAUGUUCUCGAACCUGAAGCUUGGAUCAAAUCUCUUGUGCCAAUCUUGCUUCGGUGUACCGAUGAUGUCUCUCCAAACGUUGCAAAAGGGGAGGAUAUGGAUAUUCGCCACUAUGUCAAGCUAAAAAAGAUUCCCGGAGGCCGGCCACGAGAUACUUCUUAUGUUUCGGGUGUUGUUUUCACAAAGAAUUUGGCUUUGAAAAGCAUGCCACGCAGGAUCGCAAACCCGCGCAUCUUGUUGGUAACUUUCCCCAUCGAAUAUCAACGUCACCAGCAGCAUUUUAUGAGCUUGCAGCCGGUCAUUGAAGGCGAGAGGGAAUAUCUUCGCAUCGUGGUUCAAAGGCUAGCAAAGCUUUCGCCGCAUCUUGUUCUGGUUGAGAAGGGCGUGUCUGGCAUUGCAUUACAGUAUUUUGCAGAGCUCAACAUCUCUGUCGCGUACAACGUCAAGCAUACUGUAAUUGAAGCAGUUGCCCGCUGCGCCGAAGCAGACAUCUUGAGCUCCCUAGAUAGACUGGCACUGCCCGUCUCCACGGGACGCUGCUCGAGCUUCGAGGUCAAGACCUUUGUCAACAACAACUUUCUUCGCGGCAAGAAGUCAUACAUAUUUCUUGGAGGCUGCCGCCCGGACUUGGGCUGUACGAUAUCCUUGCGAGGAGCUGACAGCGCCACUCUGUCAAAAGUCAAGUACAUUGUUGAAUUCAUGUCGUAUGUUGUGUACAACCUUCGCUUAGAGUCUAGCCUGCUGCGCGACGAGUCCAUUGAGCCCGACGAAGGCGAAACCUCACUUUCCAACUCCUAUGUCAUGAACGAGAGCUUCAAGACCUCGAGCUCGACCGAAGACGGAAAACAAGCGGCUCGCGUCGCAUCACAGCACAGUUCAAACGAGAAUGAACAACAGCCUCAAGCUACAGAGAAGGCUGAUCUGGAUGGAGCGGCCGAUGCUGGGCAGUCAAAUGAGGAACGACCAAAGCUUCCGUCAUUACAUGAUUCUCAUGACAGUGGUGUGGGAGAUCCGCCGGUGCCAGACGAUGUACCCAUGCCCACGUUUUACAGCGACAUGGUUGCCAAGUAUGAGACCAAGAUUCUAUCGGCUUCACCCUACGUCAAGUUCACUCAGCCUCAUGUUUUGAUGAGAGCGCGAGAACAGGAACGCCGACUUCUCUACCUUCGACGUUUGCGAGAUCAAACAGUCAUUGACGAGCAGGAUGAAGCGAGUGCUGGUCGUGCAAAGUUCCAGCUGAUUAAACCCGAGAUGGUUGAGAAGAUUGGCCAGAAGGCCCCGAGGCAAAUUAUGGAGAUUUUACAUGCCAUGCAUGAUGCGGAAUACGACAAAGCGUUCUUCAACUACCAAACGGGAACUCGACAAUGGGAAGCAUAUAUCCAAGGUAACUUGGAUCUAUUUGACCCUUAUUCACACCAAAACAUUGUCGUUUUGUAUUCCGAAAUUUGCACCGAAACCAAAAUUCCAUGCACAGAGCCCAGCCUCAUCGCAAUUAACUUUUACGAUGAGCAGCAUGUGUAUACUGGCAUGGAUCCCGACUGUACACUUGGCCAGUACAUUCAGGAUCUGGCAGAGACCAAGGACGGAAUCUGCGACUCGAGUGGCUGCGAGAGGAAACUGAUUGAACAUCAUCGUACGUAUGUUCACGACCAAUAUCGAAUCACGGUUUUCGUGGAGGAUGCACCACCGGGAGUGACUAGGCAUUCAAGUCUUGGGGAUGGUAUCACCAUGUGGACAUACUGCAAAAUCUGCAAGAAGGACUCGCAAGAAGUUCCAAUGUCCGAUGCUACGUACAAAUAUUCCUUCGGGAAAUAUCUCGAGCUACUCUACUGGGGCCGCGGCCUUCGUAUUAAACACGGCAUCGAUUGUCCUCAUGACCACUCUCGAGAUCACGUCCGGUAUUUCGGCUUCAAUGAUGCUCGCGUUCGCAUUCAUUGGGACCCUAUCGACCUCCUAGAGAUUGUGGUACCUAGGGCCAGAAUCACUUGGAAGGUUCAAAACGAUCUCAAACUGAAGAACGAGAUUUUCACCAGAAUGGAGGAGCGCUGGCGCAAGUUCAUGUCAUCUGUCAAAGCAAGGCUCCAGAGCAUUCGUAUCGACAGCGUCUUGCCAGAAAAGGCCGAGCUCUGCAAAGCAGAAGUUGAGGUUCUCACGAAGAAGAUGCAGGGGCAACUCCCAAUCAUGCUACGCAAGUUAGAGGAUGUCUAUGUCAACUCAAAGUACUACGAAAUCGUCCCCUUUAAUGGUCUCGUACGUGAAAUGCUGGAAGUUGCGGGCGAGUGGGACCAAGCUUUCGCCAAGUUCGAGGCGGACUUCUUAGGAGACAAAGAUAUGCGGCAGCUGACGAUGAUGCAAUUGAAGAAGAUGUUCACCGACGAGUCCAAGGAAACAAUGACCAAUCCGGAAGAGACAAUGGUUUCGGCCACUGAUAGCGACAGUCGGCCAUCACAGGGUUUCUCUGAGAUUGACGAAAAGAGCACGCAACCAACAGAAUGUACCGACAUGGAUGGAAGCAUUCUACGUGGAAGUCUUCUACGGAACCCGGAUGGAGAAGACAACGAAAAGGCCGAGGUCCCGACAGAGGAUACCACUGAGCGUGUCGAAGCACUUGAUUUGGCAGGCUCUGGCCCGGUUGUGUCUGGAUCCAGCCAAGCGCCUGAAAAAAAACCUGCUGAGAGUUCCCAAGCUGAAAGUGCCGAAUCGGUUGAUUCCUCGAAAACAGCAUCGCCACCUGUCACCAGAGACAGCGCAUCGGUCGUUGUGGGUGAUGGCCAAUCGCUUACAGAAAAGGUAGACCGUAUGCGGCGUGAGCAAGCCCGGAAAGCCGGUGAAGACGCGUCAAAUAACAAGCAAGACGAGAGAGGUAUACCGCGCUCCUCACCUCCCAUAAUACGGGCCACCUCGCAACCCCAACGCAUCCCACGGGCCAUGACAACUGUGGGCAAUCCCUCGAACGUUGGAGAUCAAGUCGAACCUGCUCCAGAGCCGCAGGGCGAGGGGUCAAUCAAAGUCGAUAAGCGCUUAUCGGAGAGACUUGGCUUGUCUGCUCUGAAACAACGUGGGAAAUCUGCCACAUCCGGUAUUCCUCGUCUGGUUACCAAGAAGAAGGAGUCGAAAGUUUCCACUCUAACAAGACACUUUGAGCAAAUCAGCCGCGAGUUUGAGAAAGAGCGCAUACGUGACAAGAAGAAGCGGGCUGCUAGUCUUCGGCAUCCGCGCGCGUUGCUCCCAAGAACUUCCACAAAAGUCACUAUUCAGGUUUACGACGACUUCAACGCAGCGGUCGAGGAACCCGCCCUAAUGAACGACGCGGCUGGGGAGCGAAGACCCGAACAAGUCAGUACUCCGGCCUUGCCCACAGGCAAUACAGAUGCUGCCAAGAGUGACCAGUUGGCGGAGUCCCCUCCCCUGCUGGACCCUGCACCAAAGGCACCGGAUCAGAUAUCUGUAGCCGAGACGGAUGACACCGCGACUGGGAAAGAAAACCAGCAAGACUCGGAUGACGAAGAGCGUGCAAGUGACACUGAACCCAGUGUUUCGGAUGAAUUUCUCCCCGAUAUCAAAGAGAUUGCCGAUUCUACGCAGGAGAUUCCACUUGAACUUCCUAAGCAUCAAAGGAAUACGCUCAUGAAGUACCUCACAAAGUUUUGGGCAGAACGGUCCGCCAGUGGCUGGUCUGCAUUGGAUUAUCCCAUCAACCCGACGGAUCACAUCUUUGUUGACUCUAAUGUUAUUGUGCGCGAGGACGAGCCGAGCUCUGUGAUUGCGUUGGCCCUUAAUAGCGAAGACUAUAAAAACAAGCUCGAGGUCAUCCGUCGCGAGGCGCAAGAGAUGCCCCAGGAUGAAGUAUCCGACGGAACAGCACAGGCCAAGUCAACGCCUGCGUCGGAGCAUCUGGGCCGUCAUUCGGAUGCCAGUGACCUGGAGAAGAGUUUGUUGUGCAUCACGGGAACGCAUUUGAAGUACCAGUUCAAGGAAGGCGCGGCAGUUAUGACGUGCAAAAUUUUCUAUGCUGAGCAGUUUGACGCUCUGAGAAGGAAAUGUGGCAUCGCUGGGCGCAUAGUUGAGUCUCUUUCACGCUGCAUGAAGUGGGAUUCACGUGGUGGCAAGACCAGGUCUGUCUUUUUAAAGACCCUAGACGACAGAUUGGUGUUGAAGUCCUUGUCUCCCAUCGAGACAUCGGCCUUCUUAAACUUUGCUCCGGGCUAUUUCACCAUCAUGGCGGAAGCAUUGUUCCACGACUUGCCAUCUGUUAUUGCCAAGAUGUUGGGCUUCUUCCAAGUCAUCAUCAAGAAUCCGAUUACAGGCACAGAUGUGAAGCUUGAUCUCGUCUUGAUGGAGAACCUAUUUUACGACAGAUCACCAACCAGGAUUUUCGACUUGAAGGGCUCUAUGAGAAACCGUAAGAUCCAGUCGACUGGCGAACAAAAUGAGGUUCUCUUGGAUGAGAACAUGGUGGAGUACAUUUACGAGUCUCCGCUGUUCGCGCGCGAGCACUCCAAGAAAUUACUGCGAGCAUCGGUGUGGAAUGACACGCUGUUCCUCGCUCGACAGGAUGUCAUGGACUACUCCUUGAUGAUUGCUGUUGAUGAGGCCAGAAAAGAGCUCGUGGUGGGCAUCAUCGACUGCAUCAGAACGUACACCUGGGACAAGAAGCUUGAAAGUUGGAUCAAGGACCGUGGGUUUGCUGGUGGUGGUCGUAAUCGACCAACAGUUACAAGUCCCAAAGAGUACAAGUCUCGUUUCCGAGAGGCCAUGGCAAGAUAUAUCCUCCAGGCUCCAAAUUGCUGGCAUUUGUUCAAUAACACCCAGUACCCAGUGUACUAUAGUGGACGUGCUAGAUUUGAGGACCAGCCUGAGCUACAAAAGUGA